UGUGUGUGUGUGUAUCUGAGUACUUCUGCAAAAAUGGAAGAAGCCAGUGUUUCAUGGGCUCAGGAUCAGUUUAGCUGUCCAGUCUGUCUGGAUCUACUGAAGAAUCCAGUGACCAUUUCCUGUGGACACAGUUUCUGUAUGAGCAGUAUUACAGGCUGUUGGAAUCAGGAGGAUCAGAAGGGAGUUUACAGCUGCCCUCAGUGCAGACAGACCUUCACUCCAAGACCUGCUUUAGCUACAAAUGUGGUGUUUGCUGAAAUGCUGGAAAAACUGAAGAAAACAAGACUCCAAACUGCUGAUUGUUAUGCUGGAUCUGGAGAUGUGGAGUGUGACGUCUGUACUGGGAGAAAACACAAAACUGUCAAGUCCUGUUUAGUGUGUCUAAACUCUUACUGUCAAAAUCACCUGCAACAACAUAAGAAGUUCUUUAGAAGUAAGAAACACAAAUUGAUUGAUGCCACUGGACGACUACAAGAGAUGAUCUGCACAAAACAUGACGAACAGCUAAAAGUCUACUGUCGAACUGACCAGCAGAGCAUUUGUUAUCUGUAUACAAUGGAUGAACACAAAAACCAUGACACUGUAGCAGUUGUAACAGAGAGGAAAGAGAAGCAGGUACAGAGAUACAAUAAAUGAAUAGUGACAGUGAUUGAAAAAGGCUGGUUUCAUGAUUUAGUUACAUCAGGUUUAUGCUGUGUAGCUGAGGUUUGUGGUUAUCUGAUUUCCUAACAGAAAAUUCUGAAAGAGACUCAAAGAAGAUAUGAUGAGAGAAUCCAGGAGAUAGAGAAGGAGAUCCAGGAGCUGAGACUCUCAUAAGGUGAGUUUGAGCAGAACAACAGCCUUCAGACAGAAGAGCAGUUUCAGACUCAUGUUCACAAUGUGAGCUGCAGUAAGAGCUGAUUGUGAUGUGUGUAGAGAACAGUGAGUCGAUCUUUACUGAGCUGAUCCGCUCCAUUGAGAGAAGCCGCACUGAGGUCACACAGCUGAUCAGAGAUCAGGAAAAGGCUGCAGUGAGUGAAGCUGAAGACUCAUGAAGCGACUGGAGCAGGAGAUUGAUGAUUUGAGAAGGAGAGACACCGAGCUGGAGCAGAUUUCACAUGCAUGAUCACAUCCAUUUC